UCCAAACCGGGGCCCUGCUGCUCAGAGCUGGCGUCCCAAGCCAACUCCUAACCAGCGUGCCACUCGGCUGGCCAUGCAGCUCAUUCUUGAAAUAAGACUUUGCCAUUGUUUUCCAUUCUAUUCUUCUCAUACUCCUUAGACAAAUGUUGGGGGGCUCUCAAGCUAUCCUCCAAGUUUCUUGGUUUUUCUUUUGUAUCUUUCUCUUUGCCAUGUGUUUUUCUUUUUCUUCAUGGACUUAGGAUGAAAGGCUUUUACAAAGAAGCCUUUUCUGGCUUCAUGAAGUAAACUGACCCAAAAUGACACUUUUUAGAAAGCUAAUACCAAUGUCAAUAAAAUUUUAUUAGCUGGGCAACGUGUUAGUAAGUAAGAAGAAAUUUUAAGUUAGCAUUAGGGCUUUUCAGAGAUUACGGGUGACUUUCAUAGGAGAGCAAUCAUAAAUGAAGUCCAGGUCCCUUUCAGGUCUUUUUAGUUGUUGAAAAGACAUUUUAAAAUACAGAUGCUCUCCGUCUUAACAAUAAAUAGUUCGACUUAACUUUUUGACUUGACAGUGGUUCGAAAGUGAUACGCAUUCAGUAGAAACUGUACUUUUCCUGAGCAGUAUGUGGUCUGAUCCUCUCAUGAUGCUUGGCUGCAGCUGUGGGCUACAGCUCUCAGUCAGCAUGAGGGCAAACAAUUGAUCCUCUAUAAUGUACUGUGUUGCCAGCAGUUUUUUGGAUAUUGUGUUUAUGUUCGCACAUCCCAUCAUGUCUACAAAAUGCCCAUCUUGUCUCCUGUGUCUGGUGGGAGGAAGCAGAGAAAGGCAAUGACUCUUGAAAUGAAACUCAAGAUAAUCGCCCACCCGUAGGCUAAUGUAAGUGUUCUGAGCUUGUUUAAGGUAGGUGAGGCUAAGCGCUGAUGUUCAGUAGGCUAGGUGUUCUAAGUGCAUUUUCAACGUAGACAAUGGGUGUUUUAGGACAUAACCUCCUCUUAAGUGAAAGAGCAUCUGUACAGUUUAGAAUGCAAUGUAUUAUCUGCUUUUUUGCAGCUACAGGAAAAAGGGACUCCUGGUUCUUAGAACUUUCCAUUCACUCAUUUAGUCCUUGGAAUAGCCUGAUGAGGUGCGUAUGAUUUAGGAGCCUUAUCAUAUCCUUAUUGUGCAGAUGGCCAAAGUGAGGCACAGGGAGAGUUUAAUACCCCAGACGUUACACAGAUGUUCUGCCUUCUCAGGACUCUGACCUUCCCCAGAAGGAACAGAAGAAAAUGACCAAGUUUCAGGAGCCAUUGACCUUCAAGGACGUGGCCGUGGUCUUCACAGAGGAGGAGCUGGGGCUGCUGGACUCCACCCAGAGGAAGCUGUACCGAGAGGUGAUGCUGGAGAACUUCAGGAACCUGGUCUCAGUGGGACAUCUUUCCUUCAAACCAGAUGUGGUAUCCCAGCUGGAGGCAGAAGAAAAGCUUUGGAUGAUGAAAAGAGAAGCCCAAAGAAAUGAGAAUUCCAGUGGGAGCCACAUGGCUGUUCUUUCAGGCAACAAGAAUCAAAAUGAGGUGGAGAUGCUUCAAAAAGUUGCAUUAAAAUACCUUUCACGUGAAGAGCUGCCCUGCUGGCAAAUCUGGAAACAGGUUGCAAGUGAUUUACACAGGUGUCUUCAGAGGAAGAGUUCCCAGUCACUGCAAGGCAAUUCUGUUCAGGUUUUUGCAAAUGAGAAUGAUCUAGUAAAUCAUAAAGGAGAUAGCUACUGUUACCUUGGAAAUCAAGAGUUCUCAAUUUCAAGAAUCCAGGAUUCUUGUGGGAAUAUAUAUCUGAGUGAGUCACAGAAUCAGAGUAGAGGUAAGCAAAUUCAUGUGAAAAAUAACCCGCAUGUACGUGAAGCCUUCAUGAAGAAACCACCACUUAGUGAUCACAUUAAAACUGACACAGAACAGAACCCCUACAAAUCUAAUGAAUGUGGCAGAAGCAGGAAUGAUGGCUUCAGUCAGCAUUUACCCUUCGGAGAGAAACUCCAUUCAUGUAGUGAGUGUGGAAAGGGCGUCAGUUACAGCUUGGUGCUUUUGAGUCAUCAGAAUGUUCCCACAGGAGAGAAGUGCUCCAGUCAGAACUCACAUCUGCAGACUCGUCAGGGGACUCACUCAGGAGAGAAACUCGCUAAAUGUCAUGAGUCCGGUGAUUGCUUCAAUAAGAGCUCUUUUCAUUCUCAUUCUCAUCACGCAGGAGAGAAGUCCUAUCGAUGCGAGAGUUGUGGCAAGGGGUUCAGUAGCAGCACAGGUCUUACCAUUCAUUACAGAACUCACACUGGAGAGAAACCUUAUAAAUGUGAGGAGUGUGGUAAAUGCUUUAGUCAAAGUUCAAAUUUCCAAUGCCAUCAGAGAGUCCACACUGAAGAAAAACCGUACAAAUGUGAAGAGUGUGGGAAGGGCUUCGGUUGGAGUGUGAAUCUUCGUGUCCAUCAGAGGGUACACAGGGGUGAGAAACCCUACAGAUGUGAGGAGUGUGGGAAGGGCUUCACCCAGGCUGCCCAUUAUCACAUACAUCAGAGGGUCCACACUGGGGAGAAACCUUAUAAAUGUGAUGUCUGUGGUAAGUGCUUCAGUCACAAUUCACCAUUAAUCUGCCAUCGGAGAGUUCACACUGGAGAGAAACCAUACAAAUGUGAGGCGUGUGGGAAAGGCUUUACCCGUAAUACAGAUCUUCACAUCCAUUUCCGAGUCCACACCGGAGAGAAACCCUACAAAUGUAAGGAGUGUGGGAAGGGCUUCAGUCAGGCUUCAAAUCUUCAAGUCCAUCAGAAUGUCCACACUGGGGAGAAACGAUUCAAAUGUGAAACGUGUGGGAAAGGCUUCAGUCAGUCAUCAAAGCUGCAAACCCACCAGAGAGUCCACACUGGAGAGAAACCCUACAGAUGUGAUGUGUGUGGUAAGGACUUCAGUUAUAGUUCAAAUCUUAAACUGCACCGAGUGAUUCACACUGGAGAAAAACCAUACAAAUGUGAGGAGUGUGGGAAGGGUUUCAGUUGGAGAUCAAAUCUUCAUGCUCAUCAGAGAGUCCACUCAGGAGAGAAACCCUAUAAAUGUGAGGAGUGUGAUAAGAGCUUCAGUCAGGCCAUAGAUUUUCGUGUCCAUCAGAGAGUCCACACAGGAGAGAAACCAUACAGAUGUGGUGUCUGUGGGAAGGGCUUCAGCCAGUCCUCUGGUCUUCAAUCCCAUCAGCGAGUCCACACUGGGGAGAAGCCAUACAAAUGUGAUGUCUGUGGGAAGGGCUUUAGGUACAGUUCACAGUUUAUAUACCACCAGAGAGGCCACACUGGAGAAAAACCUUACAAAUGUGAAGAGUGUGGGAAAGGCUUUGGGAGGAGCUUGAAUCUUCGCCAUCAUCAGAGGGUCCACACAGGAGAGAAACCCCAUAAAUGUGAGGAGUGUGGGAAGGCCUUCAGUCUCCCCUCAAAUCUUAGAGUCCAUCUGAGUGUUCACACAAGAGAGAAAUUAUUUAAAUGUGAGGAGUGUGGUAAGGGCUUCAGCCAGAGUUCACGUCUUCAGGCCCAUCAGAGAGUCCACACUGGAGAAAAACCAUAUAAAUGUAAUGUAUGCGGUAAGGACUUCAGUCACCGUUCACGUCUUACGUACCAUCAGAAAGUCCACACUGGCAAGAAUCUUUAAAAAUGACAAAUGCGCGAAUGGCUUCAGUCAGGAUAUAUACCUACAAGGUUCUGGAACAUCCAUGCUGGUGAGAAACACUAUAAAGGAUUGAGAGCGGAAAGGAUUUCUUCAGUUGGAAUCUUUCUAACAGACUCUUUAAAAUGAUGACAUAGAACCAGAGUAACAGGAAUAGGACUCAUAUUCAGGAGAGAAAUAGGUUGUAACCCUCUUGGUAAGAUCCAAUUGAUAAAAAUGGUCUUCCAAAGUGAAUACAUGCCUAAAGAUAAUUAUAAAAAGGAUAUUUGCUAUAUAUUAGCUAGUUUUGGGGUAGGGGAGGGUCAAGGAAGAUUUUGGAUUAUUUUUUCCUUUAACGUCCAUUUUAUACAUACUUACAGUGACCCUUAUUUUUACUAAAGCUAUAAAGCUAUGAAAAAUGAAGUGAAUAAAAUAACUGACUAAAAAUUUCCUGUAGCCAAGAACUUACAUAAUAUGAUUGCUUUAGUUCAUAUGGUAUAUUGGAGUAAAACUAAGAAAUAGCUCCCCAGAGAUGAAUCUUUGCUCUUCAGAAGUAAAUUUGUAUCUGCCACAAAUGUAUAUGAGAGCAUCAUUGUUUAUGGUAGCAAAUGUAGAAAUAAUUGGAUUGCCAGAGUAUUUUACAAUUUAUUGAUCCAGUGGAACACUAUGCAAACAUCAACCAGGAGAAGAUAAACUUAUACUUACAGAUGUUGGAAGAUGUCCAGAAUAUAUUAAUGUGGAAAAACAAAAAGUAUGGCAUUUUUGUGUGAUCUCAUUAAAGGCAUAGAUGCAUCGAUA